AUGUCUAUGAUGGACAAUGGCACAGAUGACAACUACCUCAAAUUGGUAGAUGCCACUCAUGAUUUAUCAAAAUUCUCUAGACAGAUGACUCCAUCAAAGGACCAUAUUGACUGGCCCUCUUGGACUAAAUGGUCUUGGAAGCAUGUUUAUCUUCUGAAGGACAUUCAUGAAUCACGGAAAAUGCUGGAAGCCAGCCUAAACAAACUUAGGAAGGCCAAUAUUUCCAAUUCGUCAUCGGCCAUCUCUGUGGUGUUAGGAUUGGGUAUGCUCUUUAGGGAGUGUAAACAUGCGAUUGAGUAUGAGGAAGAUGAAGCUUCUUUGGAUACCCCUAUCUACCUUGCUAAUUCCAUCUUCGAUUUCUCAGUCUUACAUCUCCUGGAGGAGGUAGUACCUGAUGUCUUGUGCUCUGUAGUGGCCAUCAUUGAGUUGGAUAUGAGGAAUAGGUAUAUGGAGCAGGAGGAGCAGGAGGUGGAGGUGGUGGAGCAGGAGGAGUAG